AUGGAUUCCUUCAAGGUGUACAUUUCAGAGGAGGAGGAGGAUUGCCUAUCUCCAUCCACCCUCCCCUCCGUCUCCCCGCCUUCCUCGCCGUCAUCCCCGGGGUCAUGGCUUCGCGGUCCCCUUCUCGGCUGCGGAGCCUUCGGAAGCGUCAGCCUCGCGAUUGACGGCACAACCGGCCACCUGAUGGCCGUCAAGUCGGUGACGGCUAGCGGUGACAGCGACCGUCAGCAGUCGCGGGAGCUGCAGGCGUUGGAGAACGAGCGGCAGAUCCUGCAGAAAGUGAGCUCGCCGCGGGUGAUCGAGUGCUACGGCGCGGAUUGGUCCGAAGAAAACGGCGUCAAGUCAAGAAAUCUCCUCCUAGAGCUCGCGUCAGGCGGCUCUCUGGCCGAUCUGCUGAAGAAAUUCAACAAAGGGGACGGCUUGGAUGAGGUUCUGGUGAGGAGGUUCACGCGGGGAAUCACGGAAGGGCUUCGGGAUUUGCACGCUCGCGGGAUCGUGCACUGCGACGUGAAGGGCCAGAACGUGCUGCUGUGCAAGACUGGCGUGAAGCUCUGCGACUUCGGCGCGUCGUUCCAGCUCGACUCGCCGGGGUCGUCGAGGGAUUCGUCGGGGACUUCUCCGCGAGAUUCGUCUCAGUCGCUGGAUGUUAACGAAGAUCGGGAAGCCGGUGUUACCAGGGACGCGCGCGCUCGCGAAGCCGGGUGUGCAAACGUUGCGGGGAAGGCGAAACUGUCGGGAACGGCGGAGCGGAAGCAGAUGAAGGGGACGAUUUGCUGGAUGGCGCCUGAGGUGGUCGCGGAGAAGGGCGCGACUCCCGCUUCUGACGUGUGGUCUCUGGGAUGCACCGUGAUCGAGAUGCUCACGGGACGUCCGCCGUGGGUGUCAAGGGAAGCGGUCACGCAGAAUCGCCAAUCUCCGAAAUCGUUCAUGUCGGUUUUGUACAAGAUUGGCUGCUCCGUCGAAGUUCCUGAAUUUCCGGCGAGGAUUUCGGCUCAGGGACGGGAUUUUCUGCUGAAAUGCCUGGAUCGCGAUCCUGACGGACGGUCGUCUGCUGAGGAUCUGCUGCAGCAUCCGUUCAUUCGAGUCGCAUCAGGCGAGAUUGACGUGGCUCUGACGGAUCAGUUAACGUCUGACACAGCGACAGAUGCGAAGUUCGCUCAACCCUCUGUUUCCGUCGUGGAUGAAUUUAAUUUCUUCACCAGCAGCCCAAGGGAUGCAGAUUUCAACCAGGCGGAUGGUGACAGUGUUGCUGGUGCUCAUGCUGCAGACUGCUUGAUCACUGACAGCUUCAACAUACAGCCCAGGGAAGCUGCAUCAGGGACAACCAGUAGCAACACGACUCCGGUGGACCAUCCUCGCCCUGCCUUCACCAUACCUCCGCCUCUCAAUCUCUCCUUUGACUUCACCAGCGAGCCCAGCGUUGGACCCUUGACAGCACGUGAGGAUGGUCCUAGCUGCUUUGAAGGUUUCUUCAGCCCCACCAGCUUUGAUCAGAGUCCAACAUCUGUGGAUGAUUCACCGAAUGUAGACGCCACUGAGGCUGUGGACCAUGCUGCAUUCAAACUAUUCGACGAUGCAUUUGCUUCUUCUUUCCUCUCGGGAACACCCUCUCCUCAUCUCUUCUCCCCGCUGCACGAGGUAGCACGUGCCUUCAGUGGCGGUUCCUUCUCAGACCAGCUUUCCCCAUCAAACCAGCUCUCUCCAGGGAGCCCUUCUGAUGAGCCGCUGUUCCCCCCUGCACGCUCAGCACCUGGUCCACUCCUGCUCUGCCUGUAA